GCUGCCUCUGUUCAGUAUUGUACAAUUCAGAAACAUUGCCUGUACAACAUCAUCCAGUACAUAUCCAACAGGAAUGUGCUUUGCAACCGACGAGUGUAGGUCUAAAGGUGGGACUUCUAGUGGAAACUGUGCAGCAGGUUUUGGUGUUUGUUGUAUAUUUACAAUAUCUAGUUGUGGUAGUUCGUCUUCCAAUAAUAUAACUUAUAUCACAAACCCUGGCUUCCCAUCCACAUACACCACAGCAGGGACCUGUACAUAUACAAUAAACAAAUGUCAGAAUGAUAUUUGCCAACUACGAUUAGACUUUGUAACAUUGGUUCAAGGUGUCUCUACAAACCCUCAGGGCUGCUGUGGAUCUAGUUGUACAACGGUAUCUGAUUCUCUAACUGUCCGAGGAGAGACAGGCGUAAACCCUCCUCUGAUUUGUGGAACCAACACUGGAGAACACAUGUACAUUGAGACUGGGAAUCUUGGCACUGAUAGUGUAUCCCUGGCACUCUUUGUAUCCGGCACUUCUAGCAAUCAGUGGAAUAUCAGGGUAUCUCAGAUACCGUGCACUGCCACGUACAGGGCUCCAAACCAUUGUGUAAAGUACUUUACGGGAACUACAGGUACUGUGACCAGCUAUGGGUUCGCUGGGUCAACUCUUCUAGGUUCUCAGAACUAUAAAUCCUGUAUCAGACAGGAGACAGGAUACUGCAGCAUAGUCUGGGAUCAAACAACUCUAAACUCCCCAGCAGAUGCUUUUGAUCUGACGAAUGCCCCUGCUGCUGGUACAGCUGAAAAUAGGAUAGGUUCGUGUAUCAACUCGUAUGUCCAGAUCCCAUCUGGAAUAUUAGGACCUGCAACUGGCAACCCUAUCCAGGAAUUUUGUGGAGAAAAUCUUGGGGUUCAAGCUUCCACCGACCCAAGCACUAUAACAAGUUCAACUCUUCCCUUCGACCUGGCAACAUUUACCACAGCAUCGGCUAUGCAAGAUUUUGCUGGAGGAGUGUCAAAUGGAUACUCUUUAUCUUACAGACAGCAGCCUUGCUGAACAAAUAAGUUGACCACAAUGUAAAUCUACUUCUUAUACGUUUUAUCAUAAUAAAAUUACU